GAGCAGAAUUUCACUCAGUUCUCUAGUGGCCGGUUUGAGAAGGACUGCCACGAGACGAGACGCGAUUUUUCGCUCCUCUUUGUCACACGCCUGCGCUUCCCUCCACCUAUAAACCUCGUUUCACGAGUCGCAACGUCAUCGGGAGGCUGAAUCUUCAUCCAGCAUAAUGUCGUACUGCACCCGAAUCCUUCGGGAUCAGAAACUUGCGAUAUUCGUGACAGACAUCCAGCAAAGAUGUUUCAGCGCGAGCGCCUUGAGUUUUGCCGCCCAAAAGGUGGCAAUGUCCAAAUUCGAUUCGACUAGUUAUCUCCCUUACGACAAGUUGGAGGAGAAAUUAAAAGUAGUGAGAAAGAGAUUGAACCGGCCACUGACGUUGUCCGAAAAAGUUUUAUAUUCUCAUCUCGAUGAACCCGACAAGCAGGAAAUCCAACGUGGAACCACUUAUCUCAGAUUGCGACCAGAUCGAGUGGCUAUGCAGGAUGCCACUGCUCAGAUGGCCAUGUUGCAAUUUAUCAGCUCCGGACUGCCAAAAGUCGCCGUACCCUCGACGAUCCACUGCGACCACUUGAUCGAGGCCCAAGUGGGUGGCGAGCAAGAUUUGAAACGCGCCAAGGACAUCAACAAGGAAGUCUAUAAUUUCCUGAAGACGGCCGGUGCCAAGUACGGCGUCGGUUUCUGGAACCCUGGUUCCGGUAUCAUCCAUCAGAUCAUCCUCGAGAAUUACGCAUUUCCAGGUCUGCUGAUGAUCGGCACCGACUCCCACACGCCGAACGGCGGCGGUUUGGGCUGUCUCUGCAUCGGUGUAGGUGGGGCUGACGCCGUGGACGUGAUGGCCAACAUACCGUGGGAGUUGAAAUGCCCCAAAGUGAUAGGCGUGAAACUGACCGGGGCCCUCAAAGGAUGGACGAGUCCUAAGGACAUCAUUCUCAAGGUGGCCGGUAUCCUGACGGUGAAAGGAGGAACCGGGGCCAUCGUGGAAUACUUUGGGCCAGGUGUCGAGAGCAUAAGUUGCACUGGGAUGGCGACCAUUUGCAACAUGGGCGCCGAGAUUGGCGCCACAACAUCCAUCUUCCCGUACAACUUUCGUAUGCAGGAUUAUUUGAGGGCAACUGGACGAUCCGAGAUCGCAAACGCGGCCGAUCUACACAGGAAGAGCCUUCUCACUGCCGACGCCAACGCUAAAUACGAUCAGAUCAUCGAGCUCGAUCUUUCUACGUUGGAGCCACACGUGAACGGGCCGUUCACGCCCGAUCUCGCUCAUCCCAUUUCUAAAUUGGGUGAAACUGCCAAGAAGAAUGGCUGGCCUAACGAGAUCAAGGUCGGCCUGAUCGGCUCCUGCACGAACAGCUCUUACGAGGACAUGGGUCGUUGCGCUAAUAUCGCUAAGCAAGCCAUCGAUAAUGGACUAAAAGCGAAAUCGGCGUUCAAUGUCACGCCAGGUUCGGAACAAAUUCGUGCCACGAUCGAACGCGACGGAAUAGCCGAGAUUCUUCGAGAAUUUGGAGGCACCGUGUUGGCGAACGCUUGUGGGCCCUGCAUCGGUCAAUGGGAUCGUAAAGACAUCAAGAAGGGUGAUAAGAACACGAUCGUCACAUCGUACAAUCGUAAUUUCACGGGUCGAAACGAUGCCAAUCCCGCGACACACGCUUUCGUCACCAGCCCUGAACUCGUCACUGCUCUUUCGCUCGCUGGCCGAUUGGACUUUAAUCCGGUUACCGAUAAGCUCAAGGCCAAGGAUGGAAAGGAAUUCCUUCUUAAAGAUCCGUUCGGUGAUGAACUUCCAAGCCGUGGUUUUGACCCUGGCCAAGACACUUAUGACGCUCCUCCAGCAGAUGGCAGCACUGUCAAAGUCGACGUGAGCCCGAAGAGCGAGAGAUUGCAAUUAUUAGAGCCAUUCGACAAAUGGGACGGCAAAGAUCUCACCGAUUUGACCGUUUUGAUCAAGGUAAAAGGAAAAUGUACCACCGAUCACAUCUCGGCUGCUGGCCCAUGGCUGAAAUAUCGUGGCCACUUGGACAAUAUCUCGAACAAUAUGUUCAUCGGAGCUGUGAAUGCAGAAAAUGGUGAAAUGAACAAAAUAAAGAACCAGCUUACUGGUGAGUGGGGUAAAGUUCCGGACGUUGCCAGACAUUACAAGAAAAAUGGCGUCAAAUGGGUAGCAGUUGGUGACGAAAACUACGGUGAAGGUUCGUCCCGAGAACACGCAGCUUUGGAACCGAGACAUUUAGGCGGCCGUGCCAUUAUCGUAAAGAGCUUUGCCCGUAUCCACGAGACCAACUUGAAGAAACAAGGAUUGUUGCCUCUCACCUUUGCCAAUGCUAGUGAUUACGAUAAGAUUCAACCUACAGAUAAGAUCAGCCUUCUUGGAUUAAAGGAUUUGGCACCUGGAAAAUCCGUUCAAGCAGAAAUCAAACACAAGGAUGGCAAAGUGGACAAAAUCACGUUAAAUCACACCUUGAACGAGCAACAAAUUUCCUGGUUCAAGGCAGGUUCAGCUCUAAAUCGUAUGAAGGAGAUUGCCAGUGGACAGUAAUCGCGUUCGUUCAUCGAAGAAAUUUCACAUUUUCGAGAAAACGUGCACGAUCUCGUAGUUAAUUGUGUGUUUAUCGAUAUCGAUGCUAAGAAUGGAUACAAUAUAACACACCAAUCUUCCAGUUAGAUUUACGUAAAAUAUUCGUCAAGAUGAGGGCGCUUCGAUCGUCGUUUCGAUCGACAUGGCGAUCGACGAAUAAGUUACUUAAAAAACGAGAAAGAAAGAAGAGGAGAGAAGAACGUGCUGUCAUGCCAGAUAUUUUGGUGUGAGUUGAUCAAUACCUCAAUAAAAUUCGUAAUAUUCGUCGUAAGAUAACGAAUGGAAGAGAACAACAACCGUGAUGAACCGAGCCUGAGUGGAAACGCGAAGAAUAAUCUAGCCAAUUUUCUAGUUAACGUCAGUUUAUCUUAGAAAAGAAUGGAUCGUAUCAUUCUUUAGACAUUGUUACGCACUUGUAUCACGCCUGUUGAAAAUCACGCGUUGAAAGAUUCUGUGUUUCGUAAAAAACGCAAAAUUUUCAUCUGCCGAUAAGGAAGACAAUGCAACUCGCACGUGCCGUUGUGUGUUCAUUUUUAAAAAAUCGUGUACAGCCCCGACGAUGGCACGUCGAGAUUGCACGUCUUCUUAUCGGGCAUGAAUUUCGUUCUGGUUCGACAGAAUCUUCUGUACAUAUUACAUCGUUCGUAGUGUAGAACAUGUCACGAUUGUAAUAUUUUCUAGAUACGACUGAUACCAUCGAAUGUAAGAUUCGUUGUUAUUGCAUCAGAAAGAAAUAAAAAAUUUUUCUGGAGCGAAUAA